AUGGCACGAGCUACAAGUUUCGUGGUGCUAGCGCUGCUAUAUCUAAACUCUGGUGGCUUGGGACAGGAUAUUUUCGGUAUUCUUCCCCAAGGCCCAAUCGGGCCAAUCGGACACAAGAAACUCUUCAUAUCGCGUGUUGGUCAGUGCGUGGGUAAGAAAAACUUGCCGGUGUACGUUCCCGACAUGCGUAUAGCCGCUUACAACCGGACGGCCUACGUCGUAAGUGGUGAGGUACACUUUCGAGAGGACAUUCUCAACGGGUACCGGCUGUCGGUGACGGUUAGGAAGUGCGACGAUAUCCGCGCGACGAUCGGAUGCCGGCCGUUUCUGAACAACAUUGCCAACACCGAUGGAUGCGCACUGCUGAGUGCUUCGGGAGCCAUGUAUCACGUCUACCUGAGGAAUUUUCGUCCGGAGCUACAGUGUCCGUUUCAUAAUGGAACGUAUGUCAUGAGCGAAACGCUAGUGGACGAUGGUUUAAUUAAAUACUUACCCGGGUCUGGAAGGACCUUUUGGGAAGUGCGGAUGACUGGCCGGAUUAAAGAACGCAUGAUGUUUUGCGUUGUGAUGCAGCUUAACGUGAGACCGAAGAAAAAACACGUCUAA